UCCGCACAGCAAGCAAACAACCGCAACAAAGCCGAGCCCAUCGAUCUAGCUAGUCUAGCUUGCUCUAAUAUACAUCGAGAAGAUUACACUUGAAAAUGGAUCAAACUGGAGACUCUCAGCCGCGGAGGCAAACUGAUGGCUACGAUGAAGAGGAGGCCGAGCUGAAGGGUGUCCGGGAGGCGGUGCUCGCCAAGAUUGGGAUGGAUGACUCAAGGGCCAGUAUUGCAGUCAACAAAUCAGUCGGAAUCCACAUGAACGCGGAUGAAGCACUUCUUAAGGAUGUCAGAAUGUCUGUACUAUCAUCGCUGGGGAUGGAUGACUCAAGGGCCAGUGUUGAAGGCAACAAAUCAGUGGGAAUCCACAUGAACGCGGAUGAAGCACUUCUUAAGGAUGUCAGAAUGUCUGUACUAUCAUCGCUGGGGAUGGAUGACUCAAGGGCCAGCAACAAAUCAGUGGGAAUCCACAUGGACAUGGAUGAAGCACUUCUUAAGGAUGUCAGAAUGUCUGUACUAACAUCGCUUGGGAUGGACGACUCAAAGCCAAGCAUGGACGCUUCUUGUACGGAAACUGUGCGAGAUGACACAGUGAGCACGGCUACCAAUGAUGAGGAAGCUCAACCUUGCCAACGCACCUCUGAGGGUAGUUCCAUCCCACAACGUGAAGAUUUUUCGAAAACAGUUGAAAAUGAAAAUGAACUUGCAGGUAGGUCAUUCCUUGAAAUCGGCACAGCUGUCCCAGCAAACCCCAAUGUCAACAGCACGAUCGGAGGCACACUCAAUGACAGUACACGUGCCCAAGAAAUUCCCCUACCUCCUGGUGAAUCCCUCCAACGUGCCAUGUUGGCAAGAACUCUGGCUGCUCCGGGUGCCUAUGCCAUGCCUGGGACAUAUCAUCCAGGUCGUAGUGGUGCACAACAGGGCAAUGAAGAGGAUAAUGAAACAGAAACUGAAGAAGCUUCUUUGGCGCAGACUCAGACUGAUCACCAUCAAGGAGGAACAGAGGGCUUAGCUGUCGCUGAUAUGGUCAUGGAUGCAAGUGUCCCAACUCUUCAUCAAGCAGAAGAAGUGACCCCUGAAGAAUUGCAAAGGAACAAGAGGCAUUCAUCAGUUGCACAGCCAUUGGCGAGGUUCCUGGCAGUUGGAUUUCUGGGCAUUGCCGUCUUGGUUGUGGUACUGGUACUGGUGCUGGGUCUGCCUCAAGACAGUAAUGAUGUUGGCUUUGGUGGUGAUGGGAUUGACGUUGAAGAGGCUGCUCCAGUCCCUCCAACUGAGACUCUGCCUCCUCUUCCAAUGACGGCUGAGGAGCGUGUCAUGUCACUGCUGCCAGACUUUACCAUAUCCAAACUCAAUGACAUUGACUCUCCUCAGAAUAGAUCCUUUGAGUGGAUCAUUCAAGAUCCACUCUUUGACAACUACACAGAUCACCGCAUCCUUCAGCGCUUUGGCCUUGCUACAUUUUAUUAUGCAACUGGAGGGGGGACCAAGACUCACUGGUACAGUGAUGUUCAUUGGCUCUCUUAUGACCAUCACGAAUGUGUCUGGUAUGUGAAAAACAUUGACUGGUACCACAGCUAUAUGAUCAACGACAAUGAAAGCAAACCAGUUGGACCUUGUGAUUACAAUAUUGAUGAGCCAUUCAUUAGUGCCACUCCUCAGCAAAUGGAGGAAGGGGGUAUCUAUCAACAUCUUUGGUUGUACAAUCAUGAUCUUGGGGGGUACAUACCAGAAGAGCUUUCCCUUGUUUCCACCCUGAAGAGUAUUAUUCUCUUGAAGAACCAAAUCAAAGGUUCGAUCCCAUCCCACCUGGGCAGGCUUUCAGAUAUGGAAGCCAUAUUCAUAUACAGCAAUGACUUGUCUGGGACGCUCCCAACUGAGCUUGGGAUGCUUCCAAAUAUCACAUACAUUUGGUCAAUGGCCAACCCAGGGUUGACUGGGUCUCUUCCAAGUGAGAUUGCUCAGCUGUCAACUUUGAAAGAGUUCUUGACAGACAGUUGCAACCUGACCGGGCAGAUCCCUUCGGAACUGGGCCUAAUGUCAAACCUGGAGUUCUUUUGGGCAUGGAGCAACCCAUUGACAGGUACUCUGCCCACAGAGCUUGGCCUUAUGAAAUCCAUGCGUCGCUUUGGGCUGUGGAACUGCACCUUGUCUGGGAGCAUUCCUACUGAAAUGGGAAAGAUGGAGUCUAUGGAUGAGUUGGCAUUUGAUGAAAAUCGAAAAAUGGUGGGCACCAUUCCUUCGGAGCUUGGGAUGCUGUCCAAACUGACAACUCUCCAUUUUGGUGGAACCUCACGCACAGGGACAAUCCCUACGGAGAUUGGACAGUUGCCACUGGAAUCAUUGUUUCUAGCCAACUCAGGUCUUUCCGGCUCUCUUCCAUCGGAGUUGGGCUUGCUCUCUGGUUUGUGGAGACUUUGGAUUUACAAUAGUAGCUUCACAGGAACACUUGCUACUGAGUUUGGAUCUUGGCAAUCAUUGGAGGUAAUGAAAAUGCAAGAGAACCAGUUUUCGGGCCCAAUCCCAAGCCAAUUUGGACUGUUGGACAACUUGAUUGAGUGUAUCUUGCAUGACAAUUUCCUCACUGGGUCUCUUCCAAGUGAAUUUGGAGAGUUGGAGCAGCUAUCAUUAUUGUCCCUCGGCAACAACAGCCUAACAGGAACAAUUGAUCCAGAAAUGUGCAAUUCGAGUUCAUGGAUGACAGAUGGAGCUGCUGGAAUCCACAUUGAUUGUGAUUUGGUGGAAUGCAGUUGUGAUGUUUGUGUUUGUGAUUGACUGCUGUAGCUUUCGUGAUUGAUUUUAGAGCCCCCGGCAAGGUGCCGUACAUAAGUUUAUGCAUGAAUCUAUUAUGAGAGG